CAUUUCACCUUCAACUUUUUAACUCAAAGUAGGCAUACGUUUUGUCUGCUCUCUAAGGCCCUUCACCAAGAAAAAGGAGUCUUUAAAUUAAGAUAGCAGUGAUGUCGCGUCCAGAGGAUAUCCUGCCCCCUGACCUUUUCUAUGACGACAAUGAAUCUCGCAAAUAUACCACGUCCUCGCGAAUCCGUAACAUACAGUCUGAUAUGACCAAUCGAGCACUCGAACUUCUUGACCUUCGAUCUCCGUCACUGAUUCUAGAUAUCGGCUGUGGCUCCGGACUAUCGGGUGAAAUUCUUUCUGCAGUGGCCCCUGAACAUGGGGGACCUCAUACCUGGAUAGGCAUGGAUAUCUCACCUAGCAUGCUUGAUAUCGCCCUUCAACGGGAUGUAGAAGGUGAUUUAUUUCUAGCUGAUAUUGGGCAAGGAGUACCAUUUCGUCCAGGCACGUUUGAUGCAGCUAUCAGUAUCAGUGCCAUCCAGUGGCUCUGCAACGCCGAAACGAGUGAUGUUAGUCCUGAAGGCCGCCUGCGGCGUUUUUUUGAAGGUCUUUAUGCUAGCCUACGGCGUGGAGGUCGUGCUGUUUGUCAAUUCUAUCCUAAAAAUGAUGCACAGCGAAAUAUGAUCAGUGGAGCUGCCAUCAAGGCUGGUUUCGGAGCUGGCAUCCUAGAAGAUGAUCCCGGGACAAAGAACAGCAAGCUGUACCUUGUUUUGACUGUUGGAGGCGGUGGUCUGCAAGGUGAUAUUACAGGCGUCGUGAAUGGAAUGGAUGAUGUUAAUAUCCUGGAUGCCAGAAGAAAGGCAAUGGAGCAUGGGAAAAUGCAACUGCCCCGGAAGGGCGAUAAGGCUUGGAUUAUGCGGAAAAAGGAACAGAUGGAGAGAAAGGGCAAGGUUGUGAAACAGAAUUCUAGGUACACGGGCAGAAAGCGUCGUCCAGCUUUCUAA